AUGACAUACUAAUCUAUUUAUAGUCAAUCGAAUGCUGACCACGUUUUUGGAUCCUGCAAAUUACCAUCAAAAACAAAUUAUCUGUACGAAACAUCGUGAAAUUAGAUUACACUGGCUACGUAGAACAGUUACAUACGCUUCAAUUAUUUUAUCAAAACUUUUAAACAAACUAAUGAUAAAAGCAGUCACUGGUACAGUUCCAAAGCAUUUAACAAUUCAAUACAAUAAAAAAUCUUUAAAGUGUCAAACUGUGCUUACUACACAAUUAAGAAAUUAUGUUACUUGUAUGUCAGAGAUACUCCGCAUGAAAAUGGAUUCAAAAACGUGUGAACUGAAAGUCAACGACUUAUUUCCACUAAUUGAAACGGCUACUCCACAUGAAAUACUAGAAAGUGGAAUUGUCUUAAUGCUCAAUGAAUGGUUUAAGUUUAUUUUAUCAAACAUUCAAAAUGAAUACUCUGCCAAAAUUUCAAUAAAGUCAUUAGGUGACCUGCAUAAAGAUGCACAUUUGUCCGUGUUGAAUUCUUCACUUACCUAUGAAAACAUUGAAAUACUAGCAAAAAAGCUGAUUUCUGUUUUGGAAUUAACUGAACACUUUCCAGUUUCAACACUUAGUCAGCUAAAUUUUUCUGAGCAGUUACUGACAAGUCCGCUACGUUUAUUUCCACAAUUAAUAGAAAAAUCUGUGGCUGAGAUUUUAAACAAAGAAAUGUUUGUUGAGGAGCAUCAGCCUUAUUUUCGACAAGUUGAUAUUUCAGGAUCUUAUGUUUCUGCACAACCUUUAGUAAGUGUAAAACAGCUUCAAGAUUGGAUACUGAAAACUGCAGCUAAAAUACCUUGGUAUAUGGAUGAAUUGCACAACCUUGGUUUUGUUCAUGAUGUUAAUGUAACACCAGGUUACAUAAGUCUUCUUCCUCCAAAAUACUUGAUGCAGCAACUGAAUGAAUCACCACUGGAAUCUCUACAGCAUUCCUAUCAUGGUGGAAUUUUCAACUGGAUUGGUACAAAUGGUGGUCGUGAAAUAAAAUGGGCUAAUCCAUUACGAUUAAAUGGCUUUGUACGUGUAAUGAGUUCAGAUCGAAAAUUGAAUCAAAAACCUCAACUUCUAGGUUAUUUAAUAUCGAGAGAGAGAAAUAUUGGUAGAUCACCUGCGAAGCAGUUAAAUCGCUUAAAUUGUAAUCAUGUCAAAUCGGAAGGCAAAAAACUUAAAUGUGGCAAACAGAUAAAACCAAUGAAUAAACUAAACGAAAUAGUAAUUGGUGUUGAUUCAGAAGAAUCCAGUUUUAUUCAGACGAUACUAACACCAUGGAUUGCAUUUGAUCUAGGUGUUCUCUUAGAAAUAACACAUUAUUCAAUUCAAGUGAAUCUAAUAUCAAAUAAUUGGCCAUCUUUAACCAGCUGGCAACUUCAGGCCUCGAAUAAUGGAUUUCUAUGGAAAGCAAUAUCAGAACACCAUAUUAUGCCUACAGGUGAUCCAAAAGUAUAUUGGGGGUUGUGUGGAGAAAAGCUUUGGAAGGUUAAUGUAAACCAGUGUUACAAGGAAAGAAGUUGGCGAUUUUUUCGUAUUCAACUACUACCCACAAAAACAAUGUCUGGUAAUAAAUUAUGCUUUAGAAGUAUUGAAUUUUAUGGGAAUAUUCACAAAGUUUUCACAAGUGCUGAUGAGGAUACACAAAUAAAUGCAAUUUCGUAUUUGAAUGAAUUUCAACCAAAUACUUACGUUGUACCAGAUAUUCCUGUUCUACUGUGUGACAAAGUAAUACGAGAUUCUUGUGAUGAUUUUGACUGUGAAAUUUGGCCGCCUGCCUCAAUCAGCAAUGAAGUUCAAAUAAAAUAUGAACAAUCGCAUCCCGAGAAUUCUAUAACUUCUUUGAACUGUGCUUGCAUGUUUGGAAGAAUUGUAUCUAUAAAGUCAACUGGUCGUGUCACUGUAGAAUGGUUAACUGACUUUCAAACAACAGAUUUAGAAUGGAAACGCCGAAUAACUUCACACGCUAUAGAUAUCAAGGGUCGAUGUGAUAUACGUUUAGCUAUAGAUAAAGAAAUCCAAAUGCAUUCUGAUUUAAUAUGUAAGGCGAUAUCUCAGAUCAAAAAUGAAUCUCAAGUGCGCACUUCACUUUCUCCAUCUGAUGAACAAGACUGUGAAGAUAUUUCUUUAAAGCGUAUGGAUGCUACAAUGAACGGAACUAUGUCAGACUCAUUAAUUGAUCAACCAGUUGAAGAAAGUAUGAUUUGUACAAGAGAAAUUCAAUCAGAAACUGUACAGGUAUCCCUUACACAGAUUACGUCAUAUUUUCUACCGCUGAGCUUUAAUUGGCUAACUGAUGCAUUGAUUCCAAUGUUCAGUAGAAUUACUCCAUUUAUUUUCGCCUCUGGAAGUCCUAAUAUCAUACGUGAUUCACCAAUUAUGAGUACAGAAGUAUCAAACUAUUCAGAUACAACAAGUUUGUAUGAAUAUGGUGUACUCUGUUCAACUCAGACAACAUCAAUGGAGCCUUAUCAUCAAAAUACAAUUUCUGAAGAGCGGAAAACAUUAGAAUCAACAUUUAACAAACAAAAGCAAUAUUUUAUAGACAAAACACCAUCCAAGUACCAAUCUGCCGGAUCUUAUGAAUCAAAUCAAAAACAUAUUAUGACUACAUCUAAUUUUAUACAUGCAGUUGAACCAAUUUCAUUCAAUUCACAUAGAGAAGUAAUGGAGACACAUUUAAGUCCACCACUUGCGAAACAAUCCAGUUUAUUCCAUCAUCAAAAUAAAAUUUCAGAUUUCAAUCUACCCAGAAAUGUUGAUGAAACAGAGACAAACGGAGUACAACUGACUGAUCAAAACAGACAGAUCAAUAUUAAAAAAACAGGUUUAAACGCAAUUAACUAUGAAAACCAAAACGAUAAAGUGUCUGUGAGAGAUUAUGCGAAUGAAUGUUCUGAAAAUUAUUUCUAUAGUACAGACAACUAUACUGAUCCAAAUAAAUACGUCAUACAACCUAAUCAUUCAUCUAAUUUAGAAGUUUCGCCUAGUGAAAAUGAUCUAGAUGAUGAGUUGGAAGUAUUUAAACAAACUGUCGACAUAACUGUUUCAAAGAAUGCACAGAAAAACAAUCUUCGUGCUCAGAAUAACAGUAGUCCACAAUUUCAAUUAGAUUUACCAAUCUGUAUGAGAAAACAAAAUCAGCUUAAAAUAGAUCAGUGGGAAAAUAUUGAUCCGAUUAAUUUUGAAGUGAUUCUUGAUAAAUGCGUGAAUUUAAAAGUUCUUAGUGAUGUUCAAUUUCUUCAGUUGUUUGAAAAGAAAUGUGACACAGUUAACUCUGACAGCCCCAGCUCUAUUCCUUCACUAAAACAAGGCUAUCCUAUCUCAGAAUCACUAAUAAAUAAAACAUCAAGUUAUACAUGUGGGCCACAUUUCCAUAGAUGUGAUCACAGUUCAAAUUCUGAAAAUUCAGUUACCCUUCAGCCUUCUGAACAAUCACCUAUAGCACCAAUCACAAUUCGAUCUGAUUCUUACAAACAAUCCUCAUUUUCUACACUUAAACCACCGAAUCCUCCCAGUAUGAAAACUGAUAAACUAUUAUCUCAGUUAUCUGGUUUUAUUCCACCAUUUGAAACAAGAUCUCGAGCAUCAAAUGAACCAUCUACAGUAAGAUUUGAGAUACCAAAAGUAAUCAAAGAUCCAAAAUAUAAACAGCCAUCUCCUGGUCCAAGUUUACUAAGAAAUAAGAGAAAUGGAAGGAAGCAUUAUCGAGCCAGAGUGUUUGUAGAUUUCAAACAUUCGUCAAAUGAAAAACUCCAAUCACCGAAUCCAAUGUCAUCGUCUCAAUGUAUUCAAAAUAAUUUAAUAGCUCAUUCUACUAAAUGCAGUGUGAAAGAAAGAUCCUUUAAUAUGAUUCCUAACACAGAUACUUUUGGUGCACAGAAUUCUUUGCAUUACCUGUCACCAUACUGUCUAAAAAAUGAAAAUGAUUAUCUAAUAAGUUACAUGUUGAAUAGUUGUGAGUGCAGGGAAGAGUUCUGCGGAAGUGGUGUGCCUAACCCUACCAGCAAUCGGCUAAGUGCGACGUUUAACCGACAAUAUACACUGUCAUACUAUUUAUACGAAUGCCCACCUGACAUGAAAACAAUCACUGGAAAUAGUGAACAAACACAAAAGUUAAUCCCAUCAUGCAUGGGCUACUAUAAUAAUGAAACAUUUACAGAACAGCUACUAAAUGUUCUUUCAAUGUUGCAUGAAAUAGCCAAUUUUAAGUUUAAAAAUCACAUGCAAGAUUUAAUUGGAUAUCAGGAGACAAGUGAAACACUAAGCAAAGGCUGUUGUGGAGUAAACUAUGAAUACCAUGACGAACAAGACUGUUAUGACUACCAUUCGCGGCUAGAGAGAAUUACAGAACAAUUUUAUUCAUAUCGUUUAAAUAUGAAAAUAAAUUCAUACUGUAAAGAUAUAUGGUCUGUUUUAUCUCAAAAUUGUUGGUCAGCUGGACAACACAAUCAAAAUUCUCAUCUACUUUCAACUUGUGACAUAUGUCAAUGGAUAUAUAUUUUAUGUACAAGGUAUAAUUUUAUUAUUCCACUUGAAACUCGUCUACAAUUUUGGAAAGUCUCAUGUCGAGGGACGAGCAGGGCUAUUGCAUUCUUUCAGAAGCAUAUGGGUAUCAAUCGAGCGUUAGUUACUAACCAGCUCACAAAUACUACGGAAUCGCCAUCCUUACCAUAUCGAACAGAAAUGCAAAAACAAUUACGCAGUGGACAAGUUAGUGAAUUUGAAAAUUCAUUCUUAUGGAGAGCAUCAGUUGUAUUGAUGGCAAAGGAGAAAAAUGAUGGUGACUUUACUAGUACACAGAGCACUGCUGGGCAUUCUUUAGGAAGUACAUCUGAAGUAAACACACGACCAUAUUGUUCAAAUAUCAUCGGUACAAGUGCUGCAAAUCAAUCUAGCCACAGAUCAGGACGUUUUGGAACCUAUUUCAACAGUAAUCAACAAAAUCAUUUAUCAAAUCUUGGCCGUUUACAAAGACAUAUGGCUGUCAUACCUAGACCACCGCAAAACUUUCAGCCAAAUACUCAGAAGCGCAGAACUGACAAUUUUAAUGAAUUCUACACUCCUUCAAGUAUUGAUUCUUUUAACAAUGAUCCAUUCUGGUCAACUGUUGUACGACUCCUACUUUCUCAUGCUAACCUGAAACAAGAAUUAGAAAUAGAAUUUGAUGGUGAAGAAGGAACUGGUCUAGGUCCAACAAUGGAGUUUUAUGCCUUGCUUUCAGCUGAACUAAGACGUUAUUCUCAUGGAUUGUGGGUUACUGACGAUCGCGACACCAUAAAUGAAACUAAAAAGCUAUCAAGUAUAUCACACGAAGAUAGUAUCAACCACAAUGAAAAUCCUCAAGAUGAUUCACUGGAGGAUAAAUCACAAAAUGAUUUCUAUGUAAACCCCUCAAUGGGUCUAUUUCCUGCCCCCUGGCCUUCAAAUCACUUACCACCUGGAUGUGAAUUGAGAUUUUAUGUAUUGGGUAUUGCUGUAGCUAAAUGUUUGCAAGAUGAACGUCAAAUGGAUUUACCAUUCUCAAAUGCAUUUUUGUGUCUUUUAUGUAAUAAUGGAAAGGCAUCUGAGUUAAACAAUCUUAUUAAUGAUAGUAAAAGUGAUGAAGAUGGAAGUCGAACUCGGUCCAAUUGGUUUUAUAACACAUUAGAUAUAAAACACUUUACAGAAAUUUAUCCUGAACGUGGUAAAUUUAUACUACAAUUAAAAAAGUAUCAAUACAUGAAGUCUGAAUUAUGGCAUAAGUAUAAUGGUGAUGAAUUGAUUCAAAAAGAUUUGGAACUGCAAACACGCUUAUUUGCUACUGAUUUAGAAUCAUUAUGCCUUACAAUGAGUUUUCCUUCAGUUUCUAAGAAUUUUGGUUUCAGUGAAUUUCCAUUAAAAGAUGUAUAUGAUUGGGAAAAUGAUAAUAAUUAUAAUGAUCUAAUGAAUGAAGAUGACAAAGAAUGCGACACUGUUGAAACUUUAACCACCGACUUAAUUGACGCCUAUAUACAGCGUUCUUUUGAGUUUGCAAUGCAGAAAGGAAUACAAAAGCAGAUGAAUGCAUUUAAAAAUGGAUUUGAACGUGUUCUACCUUUCAAUUCACUUUCAAUAUUCUUACCAUAUGAAUUGGGUCGUUUAAUUUCUGGUGAAUCAAUACACCAGUGGACAUUUGAUGAAUUAUGGAUGUAUUGUGAACCAGCUGCAGGUUAUACACGAAAAUCACGUGGUUUUCAAAUGUUGAUUAAAGUAUUAGCUGAUUUAGAGGCAAAUGAACGUAGAUCAUUUAUCUGUUUUGUUACUGGUUGUCCUACUCUACCACCGGGUGGAAUUAAAAAUAUACAUCCCAAAAUUAAGGUUGCAAGAAAAGAUGGAACAACUUGUGGUCUAUAUCCUAGUGUGAACACGUGUAUGCAUUACUUGAAAUUACCUGAGUAUAAUACAGAACAGGAGUUAAAGCAGCAUCUUUUAGCUGCUGCUUGUCAAAAAGGCUUUUAUUUAAAUUGAUUUUAAAAAAAACGAAAUAAACGUCUGUGUCAGUUGGGUGAAUGACUGAAUGGGGGAAAAUAUCUCCAUGAACUAUCAUUCAUAUGCUUACUGAGAAGC